CGAUUUCGACAAUGUUGUGAACACAUCACAACCAAAUUCAACCUGAAAUUACUCAGCCCACAUUUCUAUAGCGAUAAUACCGAGAUCUUGGCAUAAUCUGCUGUUCUUCCACUCUCCUCAUAGUCCUCUCUUACUUUGACAGGUAACUUUCACCCCCCUCAACCCCCGAAUUUACCACUGCAACCUGUUCACGCGAACCGGUGCAUCCUUACGCUUCCCUUUAGGAUUUGACGCUUCAAUUCAGCAAGAGGCGAGCCAAGACAGCAAACAAUGGGUUCCUCUAGGACCGCGAUUCCCCACUCACAGCGCGUGGCGCUACGCCACUAUUAUCAGACUACCAACCCAAAGCCAUCUCACUCUGCUCUUAAAAUAUGGUUCAAAUUUCAUUUCGGCCACGAGAUCAGUCAGUCCAUUGUCAGCCGAAGCCUAAACGAUAGCUUCGCUUAUCUUGACAUCUAUGUUCCAACACGUCAAGUCGUCCCUAAGUUCCGUAUGCGAAGCUGCCAAUGGCCUUGGAUAGAUUUGUUGCUCUCCGAUUGGCUUCAUGUAGUAGAGGGUCUGUCAGGUAGAGUGUCGAACGACGUCAUCAAACGCAAGGCCAGGCAGAUAUGGAACGACUCAGACGAGUCACAGGGUUUAGCGAUGCCAAAAUUCUCUUCGGGCUGGGUUGCCAAAUUUAGGAAAAGACACGAGAUGCAGCAUCGGCCUCCUCCAGAUCGACACCAUGCCCUGGCGACACCCGGCCAUUUAACUUCUUCGCCAUCACAUAAUGGUUCUGUACAGACACUCGAACAAGCUCCUAUUAUAUUUCCACCCAAGUCAAAGGCAAUGACAAGGAAUGUUCUCUCUAAUAGUACCAGCCCCGACUCUGAAUUCAGCACAUCGACCACCCUCACCUUCUCCUCUGAUCAUCUAAUUCACCUUAUUCAACACAACGUCUUCCGAGCAUUAAUCUCCAAUAAGUCUCUACUUCGUACUGCAGCGAUUUUUUUGAAAGCACCACAUCCCGCUACACUCGGCAACGAAUCCACUACAAGGCUUUGUGGCGGCCUGACAGUCAUCCGUCCACUUUCUGACCAUAAUAUGCCUAGUUCACUAUACCCAACGCUACUACAGAUGAACUGUGUUCACACAAGCUGGAUUGAUAUGUUUCCUUUCCCGAAGUUUCGAGAUAAUCUCAUCAAGAAAGGUGUGGAGUUUGUGCCUGAAAAAAUGCGCCAGGACCUCUUCGGUGAUAUAUUUCCAGACUUUGUCACACCGAUCCCAGGCGGCAAUGAGAGUGCGCUACUAUCGACGCUGCCGUCAACCCCUGCAAUCAGCGGUGCCAGCAACGAUAGGGAGUUUGGAAAUCCAGACGAUUACACAGCUGGGCGCAGAUGUCUGAUUACCUGGGGUGACCCGUGGAAAAUCGAAAGCUGGGAAGUCACGCCCGGUUUUUUGAAGAGUUGGGGAUGGGCAUUAGAAGGAUGUGAUGAUUUGAUCCAAGCAAGUAAUCGAUGGCGAGCAUUGAGAAAUGAGGAGCUCAUGACUUCUCCAUAAUAUGUGGAUAAUUUAGCUACCAAAGUUCCUCAGAUAUUGCAUCCCACUCGAUUGAAUAUCGGCUCGCUAUGGGGAGGUGCAAAGCUCGUGAAGAAAUGAUUAUAUGUGUGGUCUCAAUGUUGACUGUGUAACCAGUUGUCAAAAGUAAUCCCAGGCUUCAAUCAUUAAUAUUUGUGUCGUGGCUGGUUUCUUGUUGUCAAAUACGUCGCAACUUUAAAUGCACUAAGACAAGUCAAAGAGGACGGU